CAGCAGAGAGCUGAGCUGAGAGAGUGAGCGAGCGACGGAGUCUUCGUCUUAGUGAAGAGAAGAGAAAGAUGAACACCGACAUCACAGCGUCGACGACGCCUGAGUACCCGGUCUUAGAUCGGAACCCUCCCUUCACCAGAGUCGUCGGCAACUUCAGCACCCUCGACUAUUUCCGAUUCGCCACCAUCACCGGCGUCUCCGUCACCGUCGGCUACCUCUCCGGGAUUAAGCCAGGGAUUAGAGGGCCGUCUAUGGUGACCGGAGGUCUGAUCGGAGUGAUGGGAGGCUUCAUGUACGCUUACCAAAACUCGGCGGGUCGCAUUAUGGGCUUCUUCCCCAACGACAAUGAGGUAGCCCAUUACAAGAAAUGAUGCUCACUUUUUCUAUUUAGGGUUUUUGUAAUAAUCAGAUUGCUCCUUUUUGCUUAAUUAUCGAAGUUCAUGUGAUUGUUAUCCAAACAAUGCUGGGUCUUGUGCUGUUGAAAUGUCAUUGAAGACCUCUGAAUAAGUUGGGUGUUGUGCAAUU